AUGGAGGUGCCAGUGUCUGUGUGCAGUGCCAGUUGUCUUCCAGGCUCCCGGAAGGCUGUCCGUCAUGGGGAGCCUAUCUGCUGCUUUGACUGUGUACCAUGUGACAGCGGCAAAAUUAGCAAUCAGACAAACUCAGUAGAUUGUGCAAUUUGUCCUGUAGACUUCUGGUCAAACAACGGCAGAACAGCCUGCAUCUCCAAGAAAGUGGAGUACUUGACCUUCGAUUCAUUAGGAAUAGCCCUAACAGUGAUGUCUGUUGUGGGAACCUGCUUCACUCUGGCUGUCUGUGGAGUCUUUUUCUGUCACAGACACACAGCCAUCGUCCGUGUGAAUAACUCUGAGCUCAGUUUCUUCAUACUGUUUGCACUGACUCUAUGUUUCCUCUGUUCUCUACUUUUCAUUGGAAAGCCAACAUAUUGGUCCUGCAUGCUGCGCCACACUGCCUUUAGCAUCACAUUUUCACUGUGUAUUUCCUGCAUCCUGGGGAAGACCCUGGUGGUACUGGCUGCAUUCACUGCCACCAGGCCAGGGCACAACAUCAUGAAGUGGCUGGGGCCUAAACAGCAGAGGACCAUCAUCUCCAGUUGUACUUUGGUUCAGGUGGUUAUCUGUGCUGCCUGGCUCAUUGAUGCUCCCCCGUUUCCAUCCAGAAAUACACAAUAUGAACAUUCAAAGAUCAUACUGGAGUGUAGUGUGGGCUCUAGUCUGGCUUUCUGGUGCAUUCUUGGAUAUAUUGGAUUACAGGCCUGUCUGUGCUUUGUAUUGGCUUUUCUGGCUCGAAAGUUGCCGGGAAACUUCAACGAGGCCAAGUUCAUCACAUUCAGCAUGCUGAUCUUCUGUGCUGUGUGGCUAGCAUUCAUCCCUGCUUAUAUCAGCUCCCCUGGAAAUUAUGCAGAUGCAGUUGAGUCAUUUGCCAUCUUGGCCUCCAGCUUUGGCUUAUUGUUCUGCCUGUUUGUUCCAAAGAGUUACAUUAUUUUACUGAAGUCUGAAAAGAAUACAAAACAGCACCUGAUGGGGAAAGAAAAGAAAUGAUGAAACACAAAUUAACCCAAAGUUAUUGAAUCAGUAGCAAAUGGACUUGUAGAUUUCUUCCAGUGAUUUAUGGAUGACUACCCAUUUAAAGAAAACAAAAAACACCUUUGUUAGUCAAUGUUGUUUUGAUAUUGAUAAAACUGAUUAAA